UUUAAAACAGUACACGAAGAAGAGAAAGCGGAAAUUAACUGUUCAGCCCUUUCCCAGCAAAGCUCUAUAAACAAACAAAAGCUUUUAUAACAGGUCCCCAGGAAACUCUGUUAAUGACGGGGUUUCCUUUAUCAACAUGCCCCCCAGUGACAUUUAAUUUGGACGAUUCCAGGUUGAAAUAAGCAAAGAGGUGCGAGCAUCUUCCAGACACACGCUCCGUUAGAGUGGCUAAAGUGUUAGCACGACAUGUUUAUUUUCGUGCUGGGCAGAAGGAGCGCGUCAUGAUGGCACGAAACCGUCGCAGUGCCAGCGACUAACUGCGCAUUUAUACCUAAAGGUUGUGGUACACAAGUGUAAAACUUGGCUCAAGUUUUAAGCACAAGUGCGGUCUGCAACGUCCCCGCGCAGCCAUCACCAUGGCGUGGGCUCUGAAGCUGCCUCUCACUGAUGAAGUGAUAGAGUCUGGACUGGUCCAGGACUUCGAUGCCAGUCUGUCAGGCAUCGGCCAGGAGCUUGGUGCUGGGGCGUACAGCAUGAGUGAUGUACUUUCUGUCCCCAUCUUCAAACAGGAGGAAUCGAACCUGCCUCCAGACACUGACAACAAGAUCCUCCCCUUUCAGUAUGUUCUGUGUGCAGCUACCUCGCCAGCCGUUAAACUGCACGAUGAAACCCUCACCUACCUCAACCAAGGUCAGUCCUAUGAAAUUCGAAUGCUUGACAAUCGGAAAAUUGGAGAACUUCCGGAAAUCACUGGUAAAAUGGUGAAGAGUAUUAUCCGUGUGGUGUUUCAUGACCGACGGCUCCAGUACACAGAGCAUCAGCAGCUGGAAGGCUGGCGUUGGAACAGACCUGGGGAUCGCAUCCUCGACCUUGAUAUACCCAUGUCAGUUGGGAUUACCGACCCCAGGGCUAACCCUACUCAGCUCAACACUGUGGAGUUCCUUUGGGACCCUUCAAAAAGAACCUCAGUAUUUAUCCAGGUUCACUGUAUAAGCACAGAAUUCACUAUGCGUAAGCACGGAGGGGAGAAAGGCGUUCCUUUCCGCGUUCAGAUAGACACGUUCAAGGAGAACGAGGGCGGAGAGUACACCGAGCAUCUGCACUCCGCCUCCUGUCAGAUCAAAGUUUUCAAGCCCAAAGGUGCGGACAGAAAGCAGAAGACAGACAGGGAGAAGAUGGAGAAGAGGGCACCGCAGGAGAAGGAGAAGUACCAGCCAUCUUAUGAAACUACAAUCCUGACAGAGUGCUCUCCUUGGCCUGAGAUCACGUACGUCAACAACUCCCCAUCCCCCGGCUUCAACAGCACACACAACAGCUUCCCGGUUGCAGAGGGGAACGGAUCACCAAAUCACCAGCCAGAGCCUGUUGUUCCAGUGCUGGACAAUUUACUUCCCACAGCGACACCACAGGAGGCACAACAGUGGCUCCUACGAAACCGCUUUUCACCCUUCUGUCGUCUCUUCACCAACUUCUCAGGGACAGACCUGCUGAAGCUGACCAGGGAGGACGUCAUUCAGAUCUGUGGGCCAGCUGAUGGGAUUAGACUCUUCAACGCACUGAAGGGACGUGUGGUACGGCCCAGGUUGACCAUCUAUGUUUGUCAGGAGUCUCAGCACGGGCGGGAACAGCAGCAGAAACAUGAGAACGGAGAUGCUGCCAACAACACUUUUUUUAUUUAUCACGCCAUCUACCUGGAGGAGCUGACGGCAACCGAGCUGACGGAGAAACUGGCUCAGCUCUUCAACAUCUCACCUCGACAGAUAAACCAGAUCUUCAAACAGGGUCCCACCGGAAUCCACGUGCUCGUCAGUGAUGAGAUGAUUCAAAACUUCCAAGAUGAAGUGUGUUUUGUUCUCGACACAAUGAAAGACGACACCAGUGACGGCUACCACAUCAUCCUGAAGUGACCUCUCAGCAGGACAACGGUGUUGCUUUUCUUUAGACCUGAUCCAGUCUGCGACUCCACAGCCUCCUACUCCAUCUCUGUUCUUGGAAAAUGUGGGAAUCGCCCUCUCGUUUUCUCCCCGUGGAAGUGUUGAGGCUGCUAAGAGGAACCUGCGACUCGAGCACCUUGGCCCCUCUCCUCGACGUACCUUAUUGUCUUACCUUUGAGAGAGUGACUCUGUUCACACCGCCGUGAAGUGUCCUCCUUCCAGACAACUUCAACCUUAAACGAUUGCUUUUUUGUCCAUUGUCGCUUUAUGUUUUUCAUGCCGAGGCUUGGUGGUGCGGCCCGCUGCUGUGGCCGUGCUUCAGCACCAGUCGGUGGUUGUGAAAUUGUCUUUUUUUUAAAAGGAAAUGUGUGGAAACCAAAACAAGGUAGAAAACUGAGGUCAGCAAUGCAGCGGUAUUUCUCGUUCUCGUGCUAAAUUGUCUUUGGGAGAUACACGUCAAGCCAGUAUGCAAAUGAGGUAGAGCUGAGACAACGGCUCUAAGCAACCACGUCAACCGACCCACCAGGACAUGAGUGAAAACUACUGAAAAUUCUCAGAAACUUCACAAACUCCAGACAUUCUGUGGUUUGUAACAGUGGGGAAGGAAGUGUGGGGCGGGGGUUGUUAGUUCUACUGGCUGCUGGUUGUUACGUAUGCAUUGUGAACCAUGACUCAACACUGUGUCUGUUAAUGAUCACACCAGCAAACUGUCACUGCUCCGUCAGCGUCCUUGUGGUCAUUUUUACAUUUUUAUGUAGUUGCAUUUACGUUGAGAGAAUUUGUUAUACUGCGUUUUAAUUUCCUUGCAUUUCAUCGUCACUUUUUUUUGUUUGUUUGUUUGUCGGGGAUGUUACCACUUUAAAGUCCUAAAUCAUGCGCUGGUUAUUGAGCUGCAUGUUCUUUAAUUUUCGUAUUUUUUCAGUACAGUGAGAUGCUUACAUGAAAUUAGCUUUGUCAUCAUAGAUAUCCACGCUAGCCUCGUCCCGUUGGCAUUAUUAAAACACUUACCCAUGUACGGAACCAUCUGUCAUAA